CCACCACUCAUUUUCCUUUAUAAACCUUCGUUUGUUUCCUGAGAAAAUUGAGAAGGAAUCGAGCCUUGGGUAGGAGCUCGGCUCCGAAAACCUUCUCCCACCUCCGCCGCCUCCCCCUUAUUCUCAUCUCACUCCAAAUCGUUCAUUUUUCAUUUUCCUCCUGCUUUCCCCGGUUUCUAGGGUUUCAGAAGCCGGACUGAUUUGCAUUGGAUUCAUCGGGAAAUAUGAAAUUUGGAGAGACUUACACCGAGUUUUUGCACAAGGAAAAGGUACGAUUCUCGGAGAAUUGCUCGCAUGUCGAGUACAAGCGGCUGAAGAAUGUUCUCAAGACUUGUCAGAGUUGCAAGGCAUUGCAGGAAUCUUCAGCUGCUCAAGGACAAGAAGGUGCUUCUAAUCAAAAUCAGCAGUUGUGCCAAUGCCAAUCUUGCCCUUUGUGUGAUCAGGCCUUUUUCACAGAGUUAAUGAAGGAGGUUUCGGACAUAGCUCUAUGUUUUAGUUUGAGAGUCAGACAUCUCCUCCAUCUGCAUGUUGCUACCGGAGCGCAAAGAUACUUACUGCGGUUCCGUCAGUGUUUUGUGAAUGAUCAACAAGCCAUGGUAGAAAAAGGGCGGAUGCUGAUCGAGUAUGUUACGAUGAACGCAAUUGCUAUCAGAAAAAUCCUUGAGAAAUAUGAUAAAAUACAUAGCUCUGAGAAUGGCAAGCUUUUCAAAUCCAAGAUGCGGGCUCAACAUAUUGAGAUUUUACAAUCACCUUGGCUUAUAGAAUUGGGUGCUUUUUAUUUGAAUCUUGAUGGAUUAGAUGAUGAAGAGCUCAAUGAGGUUUCUGGUCGCUUUUCCUGUGAUCUCGAUGCGGCACCACCUACAAUGACAUUGAUGCUUCCUGACAACUUAAAGAUGGAAUAUGAUCUGACUUGUGCUGUAUGCUUGGAAACUGUUUUCAAUCCAUAUGCUUUGAGCUGCGGCCACCUGUUCUGCAAGCCUUGUGCUUGCGCAGCUGCUUCUGUGUUUAUUUUCCAAGGCCCUAAAUCUGCAGGCCUGGAUGCAAAGUGCCCACUAUGCAGAGAGGCUGGAGUGUUUGCUAAAGCAGUGCACAUGUUGGAACUAGAUCUGCUCUUGAAAACAAGGUGCAAAGACUAUUGGAAAGAGAGGUAUAACGCCGAACGCACAGAGAUAGUGAAGCAAACUAAGGAGUUCUGGGAUAUGCAAGCCAAAUACGCGGUGUAUUGAUUGAUAGAUAGAGGAGGCAGAGGCCCCAUAUCUAUAAUCACGUGACGAGAGAUAUAGGGAGAGAAUGGUAUAUCUGGGAGACAACCAAGAAUCUCCCGUGAUCUAGCCAAUAAAUUGUUUAAUGAUGCAAAUUCAUCGCUUUACAAGAUCAUUCUUUGACGCUUGUAACUAGGCUUAGCAAUUGUUUUGAAAGAUUAUUUUUGCUCACCACCAUUAAUGAGACUUAGCAAUUUUUUGCA